UACUACUACUGGAUAGUGAAUGCUGAGUCAGAGUCAGAUGUCGUGUUGUGCAGAUAAGAUUACAAGUUUUCAGAUUACACAAACAAUAGGAAGACAGACAGAGUUAUUGUCAGUGGCAGCGCAAAAGAUGUGUGAUUUUCUGUACUAGUAUAAGUAACUGUGCGUUUGUGAUUCUUCUGGAUUGUUGUGUCAAGUUGAAAUCAUCCUAUCGUUUCAAUCUGACAUGGAUGAUUUGAAUGAACAAGGAACUGAGUUAUUCAGUCACCAUGGCGUUAUCUUACGGAGUCCAAACAUUCGUGAAGAUGACGGCUAUUGUAAUGGAACUCUCAGUAUUGUGCAGUAUAGUUUUGGCAAGUGUAUAGAGUGGAAGCCAAUUGAAGUAUCUGAAGUGUCAGAUUGCACCGAGCAGGACUGGUCUCUGGUGACAACGGUUGGGCAACGUCCUCGCACCAUCAGCAACAAUAGUGUAGGUAGUUACGAUGGGCACAAGAUGCAGCCAGUUCGUAUUGAAAUGCGAGAACUGAAAAGCUACAAGGUGAAGAAGCACGGACGUAACUUAAUACUAAUGCAGAAUGAUGGAACAUCUCACAAUGCUUUCUACUUCCAGUACGGCAACGCAGACUGCUUUGUGAACGCUAUUCGCGCGUACGUACACACUAGGAGAUCGGCUCGUGACCGGAACCUGUUUAUUGUGCUUGAAGAGAGAAAUGAGGUGCAAUCACUGAACCAUUCGUUUGCCGAGCUCAACUUGUUCCCUGAGAAUCCAACCGACGUUGUGUGGAAAUUCAUGUCGAAUCUAAAGCAUCGUCCGUAUGAAACGACACUGGAGACGUUUUCGAAGCUGACUGAUGUGUUUUUGUACAAGCCACCAGAGCAGCGUCCCGAGUACGAGGUGGCGGACUUACUGAACCGUAGUCUCAGCUCGGGUGAGAUGUUGACAGGCGAUGGUGAGGAAGACUAUCAGAUGAUCCCCUCUCUGCCCCCUCGUCCCACCAUCACACGGGGACACCCGCUCAUGAUGGAGCAGUGGACCCGAGCUCUGGACCCGACCACUGGGAUGGUGACUGACCCGGACGGCAUCAAAGAUAUCAUCUUCAGAGGUGGUAUCACACCAUGUUUGCGACACGUGGUGUGGAAGUAUCUGCUGGGUUACUACCCGUGGUACAGCACCACGCAGGAACAGCAGGAGCUGCGCAAACAGAAAGUAGAGGAGUACUUUCGCAUGAAGCUGCAGUGGCGCAGCAUGUCCAUGGCUCAGGAGGAGAGGUUCUCCGACUACCGGGACCGCAAAAGUCUUAUCGAGAAACAAAAAAAAAGAUUGUGAAAAACCGCCACUGAUCGGACCCAUCCUUUCUUCGAGGGGCCGAGAACCAAUGCCAACCUGGGCCUGCUCUAUGACAUCUUGAUGACUUACGUUAUGUACAACUUUGACUUGGGCUACGUGCAGGGUAUGAGUGACUUGUUAUCUCCCAUCCUCAUACUGCUCAGCAAUGAGGUGGAUGCUUUCUGGUGCUUCGUGGGACUCAUGGACCGAGUGUUCCGCAACUUUGACAUGGACCAGGCGGGCAUGAAGAAGCAGUUGUCACAGUUGCACAGUCUGCUAGCAGCUGCCGAACCUGAGCUGGCUGUGUACCUCGACCAGAAUGACUCGGGCAACAUGUUCUUCUGCUUCCGGUGGCUGCUGGUGCUCUUCAAGCGAGAGUUCACACAUGACGAGAUCCUGCGGCUGUGGGAGACGAUCUUCACCGACCUGCCUUGCCCUAAUUUCCACCUUCUGUUGUGCGUUGCAAUCUUGGACUGUGAAAAGGAUAUUUUAAUUGAAAACAAAUACCAGUUCAACGAGAUUUUAAAGCACAUCAAUGAUCUCUCACUGAAGAUAGAUUUGGACGAGAUAGUCUGCAGGGCAGAGUCCAUCUACAUACAGCUAGCCGCGACCCCCGACCUGCCCACCACGGUCAAGAGGAUACUGGGUCUGGUGGCGCACAGCCCGACCAGUGGUAGCUCUGACGACGAGGACGAUCUGUCACGUGUCAUAGACGACUGUGAGACCGUCCACAUCGCAGAUGCCACGACAGGUGAAGCCGCCUUCGAGAAAUCUAUCAGUCUCAACUACCUAUAAGUCACUUUGCAACGAUUCUGUCAUUUUAUUUUAUGAUGAUUUUGUACAAGAGAAAAUAAUAAAGUGAUUCAAGUCCGAUGAUCUCUCAUUAUUUUUUUAAAGAAGAGAAGUUUAACUGAUAAAAGUUCAAAGUUAAACAUUUGUUUCCAUUGCCGAGUGAGGCAGGUGAUUUUAUACCCUUGAUAAUUGAGGCGAUGGCUAGAUACCAGUUACAGCUUUAACAUAAUUGUUGAAUUAUUAUUGAAGAGAGUUUACAUUUAUCUUUAGUAGAGCUUGAGAGGAUAGAAAAUAUUCUGGUUUUGUGUACAAAAUGUAAAAAAUUGCAAUUCAUUUCAUUUUAUGCAGAAAAUUUUUAUAAUUUUAGGUCUAAUUUUGAAUAGAGUGAGGAAGGAACGAUAUUUGCACACCUCACUUGCCCUUAGCACAUGUGGUAUAUUUGUUUACAGGAAACAUACAAAUAGUCAUUCAUGAAAAACUUUCACCCUAUUGUCUGAUUUAUGUGUUGCUUUUAUCUUAACACUAACAUAUUAUGAUGUGCUUUUAAAACUAAAUUUAUCUUAGUAUUAUAUUUUUUGUUUCAGAUUUCACGUGAAUCUAUUGUUUACAUGACGGAAUUAGGUUUAUUUGUUCAUACCUUCAAUUACAGGUUACUAAAAAGUGCAAUAAUCAAAUUUAUUACGAGAAAAUGGGAUUUGGUCAAGAUUGUAUACACAUCAUAGGAUCCCAAUUCUGUUUAGAAGACACAAUUAUUGAGAAUGACAAUAUUGUAAAAAGACCUAAUAUAAAUAUAAGAAUUUAAAUGAAAGCAAAGGCUAGAAUUAUAAACAAGUAUUUAACAGUUGCGGGCUGGAGUGUUAAAGUCAGCUUCAAAACAAAUGUUAGGUCUCAGGAAAAUUAUAUGUAUUUGAUUCAGCUGUAGAAAAAUGGAGUGUGUUGUUCAUAAAUUGUUAAAGUGAACUCUUUUUUUUGUUUGUUUACAACCUUCCAUGCAAGUAUAAACUGUAUUUCUCUAAAUUAAAUUUGAUCGAUUCAAAUUUAUUUAAGAAGUAUAUUUCAAAUUGACUUUUUAGGGCCAUGACUUCAAAUAACAACUUCAAACUAACAAAUUUUAGAUUUUUUUAGUUUUAGUCAAAAAUCUAAAAACAAAUGACAAUUUUAAAUAAAUAUUAUCUAUUAGCUUUAGUAUGUAAUGCUAAAGCCAGAGGAAACCAACUGUAACUCACAAACUAGAGAGGGAUACCCUUGUAGUAUAUGUAAAACAUAAAAAUAAGUAUGAAUUUUGUUAUAAAAUAAGAAGUUUUUUAAAGUUGCUAGACAAUUUAUUUUUAAGUAAGUUAAUGCAUAUUGAAAACUUAAUUAUAUCAAUACAUUAAAAUAUAUUUCUGCUUUCUUAAACAAAGCUUGUUUCUUAAGCACAUGUCAUAUUUACGAGAAACUGUGUAUUUUAAGAGGAGCUUAAAUAGUGCCUAUCAUAAAAAAAAUUGAGUGUUAUCAAUUAGUACAUUAAGUUUAACCAAAACCUCCACAAGGAGACUGGAAACUAAGAUCAAUAUCUAUUGUUUAAUAACAUAACAGAAUCAUAAUAUUAUAUUUGUAUUAAUUUCAGUGUUAAAAUGCACUUUUCUUUGUAUCACUAUUUAGUAUGCAUAUUUUUUUAUUUUAUUUUAAUUUAAAAGGAAUAUUAUGAACAAUUAAUAUUAUUUAUGCCUAAAUAUAUAUAUGGUUAUCUAUCACGGUUUUAAUAUUGAGACUAUCAUAAAAUAUUUCAUUUUUAUUUCUUACGUAGGUAAUGAUAUUCCUAGACUGUUACCUAUUAUUGUGUGUAUUUGUGUAAAUACAUUAUAUAAAUUAUUUUUGUAUCUUUGUAAAUGUUCCACAAUCAUUAUUAUUAUUAUUAUUUGUAGGAAUAAGAUAUGGAGUUUGUCAACAGAUAAAGGGGCCUUGAUUGAAUGUUAUUUCAAGUCUGAAAUAAAGAUUUUGUAGACUGA